GUGUAUGUGCCAAGCGGCUAUAGCAAUGGGAUUUAGGUAGGAAGUACAUCUUACACACAUACAACACAGAGAUGUGACGGAUUUGGAUUUAUUAGUUAGCUAAUUGUUUUGCCUUCGUACUACUUAGAAGAUGUUCCCCGGUGUUUUCUAUGCACUCCUGGCGGGUUUCCUCGGUGCCGUCGCAUCUUCAUCAGCAAAACUGUCUCUCGGAGCCGAUUACCUUAAAGGGGUGUGUGAGACGGGGCUGAAAACAUGGGGAGGAGAGGAGAGAAAAUUUAGACAAGCCGACGAAACUACAGCUUGCGACUGGCUGCACAUUCCCCUGCGGCUGCUCUGUGGAGGGAUGCUGUUUACCUGUAAUGCUGUGAUGUGGACCUUCUUUGCCAAAGCACUCAGGUACUCCUCCUCUUCUGCCAGAGCCACUGUGACCACCACCGCCUCAAACUUCAUAUCCUCAGCAUUCUUGGGGCAGCUCAUAUUCGGAGAGACCCAUGCUGUGCUGUGGUGGGUGGGUAUCUCUCUGACCCUCUCUGGGCUCCUGGUGCUGCACAAAUCAGCACCACGUGAUGCCCAGCCAACCAUAGCGAAGAAGGAUGAGUGAGGGCCCGCCAGGUGGCCUAACACAGCAACCGAUUACACGGCACACUGACCACUCCUACAGAUAGAGGGGUUUCCACAGUGACACUGAUAUCACAACAGCAUCGAGGACACAACAAGGCCAAAAUGUCCCUGAAACAUAUCACCGUACCCAGAAGACUUCCUCCUCCUGAGAUUUUAAGAGUGAGAGUGGAACAGAUGCUUUACGUGACGUUUUGGCAAUGUUACAACCUGAUGCUUGUACAUGACAUCAUUCACCAUGGAAGUGCUGUACUUUUGGUCCUUUCCUCAUGUAACUCAAGAGUAAAAAAAAAAAAAAAUGAAUCAUGGUAAAAAAUCUAUUUUUUAACCCUGCCAAUGUGGCAUCGUUGAUCAACAGAAGCGAGAAGUAAGAUGGGCUUCCUGUGUAGCAGGUCCACUGUCUUCUGUCUGCUGCAGUUCUCUUACAGAGCAUUCUCAUUCCAGCAUUCCUGUGAUGUACAUGUAGAUUACCAGCGACAUCUCAUGCACUGCUGCUAAGCUGGGCCAGAGAAUCCAGCCCAAAGUGCCCCACAUCUGUGUAUGUAAAGCAUUCUGUUUACAACCGCAAGAGAUUGCGUUCACAGAAUGGAGAGCUGCAGUGAAUAACUGUGAUAUUCACUAAGUGCAUAAUAUUCAUUAGUAAUGGAUCGUAGCCCCCUAGUUGUCAUCCGUGACACUCAAAGGCUCAAAACAAAGUCAAGCGAUGGGGAUUAGGGUGAUGCAUUUAGACCUGCAUCCCUCUGCGGCAGCGUGCUGAAGUGUGCUGAAAUGUUGCACACUUGUUGCACACUUGUUGCUAACAUGCUCAGUAUGUGCUUGGAUGCCACAUAUUCAAGACUGCUCUCUGCUCUUUGACCCCUGUUUGGUUUUCAGCUUGGUUUCUAUUUAUCAUGUUACUGCACUAUGGAGUAAUGUUAAACGUCCUGUCUGUCAACAAACAUCACAGGCACAAUAUCAGUGGAAUAAUUUACUUUUAAUAAACUACUGUAUAUCAAAUAUUUUUGAAAUUUUGUUAACAUAUAAUUAAAGAUAUAGUUUCAAAAAAUUACAUUAUUCCACUGAUAUUGUGUCUGUUUUGUUUUGUUUUUCUCAUCUCAUUGCAACUUCUUGUCUAUGGACCAGGUUCAACAAACAUUGCUGGCAUGUUCAAUCAUUUUAUUUUAUUAAACUAGAUCUUAACAAAAUAUAAAAUAUAUUUUGGCAUAUGUACGUGUAUGUAUGGUAAUAAUAAAAAAUACCAUACAUACACGUACAUGUGCUAAAUACUGCAAACGUCUGAAAGGGAUACAACAUAUUUUAUACAGCUCUUUCUUGUGAUCUGUUCUAACAUUUCCACUCCCACUGAGUUCUGGACCUCAGAAUCUCUGCAAAGACUAUAUUAUAAUAAUUACACAUGAAAUGUAUCAAUAUCAAUCAAUCAAAUUUCAUUAAGUCUUGCAAAUGCACAUAUUGACAAUAAUACUUUUAAAAAAGGAUUAAAAUAUGCUUAAAUGUAGUUUUUGUAGUAUGAUGAGGGGAAGCAUCCUGUGGUAGUAAGCAGAAGGUUUGGUUGCAGUGGACUGUUUCAAAGGGACCAAAUUCUUAGUUUUGGGUUGAGGAGGUCAGGGGUAGGUCACCUGACUGGGAGAAGAGGUGACAUCAUCAGUCCCUUGUAUGUCUCAUGCAUGCUGGGGACCCUACACUAACUAUCCCAGAACACUGUGAGGGGUUGGGUGGGGAUUGAACUGCACACAUGAUUGUACAAUGGGGUUAAAAUUCAUGUGAUGAUUGCAUAUUGCAUUCUUUUUGAUACAUACGUAUAUAUGCAUGCAAUAAGAAAUGUACCUUCCAUCCAUGUGUAGCUCUCCAGACACAGCCUUUGUUUCAUUGAUUGGCAGUGAUUCCUGUCCUUUUGGGCUUGGGCUAAGACCCACCUUGCACAGUAGAUCAUUCUGGGACACUGCUGGUCUUUGACAUUCACUGUAUAUCUUGAGGUGUGUUCACAAAAGUCAGAUUUUCAGCUUGGCUCUAUGCAGACAACCCUCCUCCCUCCAGCAAAUCCUCUUACAGAAAAUAUUUCUAGAAUAUAGUUUCCCCCUCAAUUCUUUGAGGACAUGUUGUCAAACAAGAGAUCCCCUCUGAAACAAAAGUUUAUGGUCAUUAAUAUGAGACCUUGUUUAAAUGACCAUGAUCCUGCACCUAGAGACAAUGCUCUGUAUUAUCAGACCAACUUCUGUAGGAUAAAACUAAGCUGUAUCUUCAAAUCACUUUCCUUUUCGAUGACUGAACUGUAUCUUCUAAUCUCUUUCCUGUUGGAUGAGACUGCACUGUAUCCUCAACCCAAUUUCCUGUAGGAUAAAACUGAACCGUAUCCCCAAACAAGCUUACUGUUGGACAGACCUCUGUUGUUUCCUCUUUGUGCAUCCAGUCAUGCUUGAAGAUGAGCUGUACCAUAUCCUGUGAAUUUUCUACAAAGAGGAAACUGAAUAAACCCGUAUUUAUUCAAAUAGUGAUGUGGUAGAUAAUUGGCUCCCUGUAUGUGUAUUUUCUGUGUUUUUAAUGUCAAAUGAGGUUCAAUAUUAGUCUUCCAAAAUUUGAAUGUGGAUUAGCAGCAGCAGGAGUGUCAUCGGUACACAAUGAGUGAUGGGCUGUUUGCUCAGAACUUAGCAUGGCACUUGAAAGUGCUUCUGCGUGCAGAGGUUCAGAUCCACCUACCAUCUCCAAUGAAGACCUUUAUUCUGUGCACUGUUUCACCUGUCUGCCAGGGCUGCUGCUGGGCCCGGGAAACCAAUGAUGACAAGGGUCCCAUUACAGCAGAGCCUGAAUAAGAGCAUUACUCAUCUUUGAACUGAAAUCACCACCUCGUUACGUUUGAACUAGCCCCUUUAAAUAUUGGCACUUAGACAUGUACAACUAUAGAUAUGUGCAUUUACGUGUUGGUUUUUGAGAAGAACAUGUUAUGUGCAAUGUUGGGGAAAAAUGCAGCAGAUUCCAGAUUUUUUAUCUACCUGGAGCUGAGCCACAUACAAUCUGUUGUUUCUGUAAAUUUGAGAAGGGUGGGGUGGGGUUUUAUAGGUGUGUCUGAAGUUACCUACUAAGCUGAUUAUAUAUGUAUUAGGUGCUUUUCUUCAUAUGCCAAUAAAGGAAUCCAAAUCAAACAAA